GCAGACGCCCAGACCACCAGUCGGCCAGAUGUGGCCCUGAUGAGACCAACUUGCCCCUAGGGCAUGGUUUCAGAGAGCAGAGCCCUGCGCAGGAGAGAGACGCGCCAUGGACGUUUCAACGCCGCGGUUGUUGUCCUCUCUCAGCGCUCCGAUGCUGCACGCGCAAGCGCAUGGCAAGCUGGACGCAGGCCUUGGCCUCGGAACUCCCUCCGGCGGUACCACGCCUGGCGCCGUGUCCAGCGCGACGACGGUGCCGUCGCGGUGGCGCGACCCAGGUCGCGAUUUCCCAGAGCAGUUGCACCGUUGCAUGUCCACGCCGAUGAAAGGGCAGUCCAGAGAGGCUCGCCCUGGCAGCGCUGGCACCGUCCGGGGGCGCAUGGAGCGGCUCAAGCAGAUCUCUCGGGACCAGGAGGCAACCCAACGAGAGCACUUGCUGGCGAGCUACGAAGACGCGCGGCAAAGCGUCCAGGAGCGCAUGCACACCUUGAUGGCACAGCUGCAAGCAGAGAUGGUGCGAACCACCGCGCCUCGCACGCCGAAGGCCCCCACCGCCUGGGCCUGGGAGGAACCCACGAAGGCCCCUUCCGCAGAAGAGAAGCUCAGGGGAGAGCUGACAUGGGUGAAGUCUGAGAUGGCGGAGCUGCGGGCCAACUUCAAGUCGGAGCUCCAGGAGCUCAAGGCGCUCAAGGAGCGCGACAAGGCUUUGUCGGAGGCCUCCUUGCUUGCCACCUCCUGGAACCUGCGCAGCGCCACGCUGAUGGCGGCACGCGAGGAGGAUGCGCGAGAGUCGCAGGCGUUGCGGUCACGCCUCACCCAGCUGGAGGAGCAGCUGCAAAGUACGCGAGCAGAGCUCGCCAGUGCCGUGGCAGCAAACCGCGAGGUCUCCUCGUCAAGUCCCUCAAGAUCUGGCUCGGCUUCGGAGGCGGACCCGGGCACCGAUGCGGAGGUUGGAGACGCGCUUGCAGCGCAUGCCAGCUUGAACAACCAGGUAGCACCGGAUGCGGCGGCUGAGGUCUCAAGCGCGCCAGCGCAUGCCCGCCACGAUCAGGUGACGCCUGAUUCUCCAACGAGUGCACAGGUGGGAGCCGCGCUCGCAGCACAUGCUUUUCAAAACGACCAGGUAAGGCAGGAGCCGGCGGCAACCGCGCAGGUGCAAACCCCCGCAGGUGCACAGGUUGCAACUGCGCUUGCACCACAUGCUCGUCUGAAUGACCAGCAGGUCAGACAGGAGCCCCUGGCAACGCAGGCCGCGGACCCGGCAAGUGCCCAGGUUGCAAGCGCACUUGCAGCACAUGCUCGCCUGAACGACCAGGACCCUGCGGCGAGUGCUCAGGUUGCAGGCGCACUUGCAGCACAUGCUCACCUGAACGAUGAGGAUCCUCGGGCGAGUGCUCAGGUUGCAUGCGCGCUUGCAGCGCAUGCUCACCUGAACGAUGAGGACCCUGCGGCGAGUGCUCAGGUUGCAGGCGCGCUUGCAUCACAUGCUCACCUGAACGAUGAGGACCCUGCGGCGAGUACUCAGGCUGCAAGCGCGCCAGCAGCGCAUGCUGGCCUGAACGACGAGGCUGAGAAGCUGGCAGAAAGCCGUGAGGAAGUCAAGGUUUUGCGGGAGGAGCUCGAAAAGAUGAGCGUCGCGAAAGUAGAGGCCGAGCGCGCCGCAUUGGCUGCCGAAAGCGCCAAAAGAGCGCAGCAGUCGUUGGAGGCGCCGCUGAAGGAAGAGCUCGCUCGGCUGCAGGCAGAGCUGCAGCAAGCAGCCGCACUCAAGGAGGAAGUCAACUCUCUGAAGGAGGAUUUGGCUGGCGCCUUGAAGGCAAAGAAGGAGGCUCAGGCGGCUGAGCAGGAGUUGCAGCAGCUGCGAGCACAGGCAGCAGCUGCGCAAGUAGCGAGUACUUCGGCAGAGAAGCAGACGAAGGAUUUGCAGCGGCUCAAAGACGAGGCCGAGCGUGCUGCGUCAGCUGCCCAAGCGGAAAGCGCCCAAAGAGCCCAACAGCUAAAGUUGUUGGAGGAAGAGGCGCCCCGGCUGAGGGAAGAGCUGACCCGGCUGCAGGAAGAGCUGCUGCAAGCAGCCGCAGUCACGGAGGAAGUCAACUCGCUGAAGGAGGAGCAGGCUGCCAAAGCAAAGGAGCAGGCGGCAGCUUUGCCGGCGAGUGCUUUAGAGACGGAUGAGUUGCAGCGGCUCAAAGACGAGGCCGAGCGUGCUGAGUCGGCAGCCCAAGGGGAAAGCGCCCAAAGAGCCCAGCUACAGCUGUUGGUGGAAGAGGCUCAGGCUGCCAAAGACGAGCUGCAGCAGCUGCGAGCGCAGGCAGCAGCUCCGCCAGUAGCGAGUACUUCGGAGACGGUGGAGUUGCAGCGGCUCAAAGAUGAGGCAGAGCGUGCUGCGUCGGCAGCCCAAGAGGAAAGUGCCCAAAGAGCCAAGCAGCUACAGCUGUUGGAGGAAGAGGCUCAGGCUGCCAAAGACGAGCUGCAGCAGCUGCGAGCGCAGGCAGCAGCUCCGCCAGUAGCGAGUACUUCGGAGACGGUGGAGUUGCAGCGGCUCAAAGAUGAGGCAGAGCGUGCUGCGUCGGCAGCCCAAGAGGAAAGUGCCCAAAGAGCCAAGCAGCUACAGCUGUUGGAGGAAGAGGCUCAGGCUGCCAAAGACGAGCUGCAGCAGCUGCGAGCGCAGGCAGCAGCUCCGCCAGUAGCGAGUACUUCGGAGACGGUGGAGUUACAGCGGCUCAAAGAUGAGGCAGAGCGUGCUGCGUCGGCAGCCCAAGAGGAAAGUGCCCAAAGAGCCAAGCAGCUACAGCUGUUGGAGGAAGAGGCUCAGGCUGCCAAAGACGAGCUGCAGCAGCUGCGAGCGCAGGCAGCAGCUACACCAGUACCGAGUACUUCGGAGAAGGUGGAGUUGCAGCGGCUCAAAGAUGAGGCCGAGCGUGCUGCGUCGGCAGCCCAAGAGGAAAGUGCCCAAAGAGCCAAGCAGCUACAGCUUUUGGAGGAGGAGGCGCCCCAGCUGAAGGCACAGCUGGCCCGGCUGCAGGCAGAGCUGCAGCAAGCAAGUGCUGUCAAGGAAGAAGUCAUCUCGCUCAAGGAGGAGCUCGCUGCCAAGGGAAAUGCGGAGGCGCAGGUUGCCGAGAAGGAGUUGCAGCUGCGGGAGUCGCAGGAAGGAAAGUUGCAGCUGCGGGCACAGGCCGCAGCGCAGGAAGCAAGUGCGACGGAGGAAUUGCAGCGACUUAAGGAUGAGGCGGAUCGUGCCGCAUCCGCUGCCCGAGCAGAGAGCGCCCAAAGAACGCAGCAGCUGCAACUCUUAGAGGAAGAGGUGCUGCAGCUUGGAGCCAGGCUACACAUGCAGGCUAUGGAGGCGGAGCAAAAGCAGAGUCUUGAGGCGCAGAAGCUGCGUGACGAGGCAAAGGCGGAGCAAGCUGCGGUUGCUGCCGAGGCGCAACGGAAGAUUGAGCAGUUGGAGGCGGAGCAGAAGGAAUUUGCAGCGCAACAGGCCGCGGAGAGGGCCGGGCUGGAGGCGAAAGCGCGGUGGGCGCAGGAGGAGUGCCAGCAGCAGGCCCGCGAGGCGGCGGAGCUGCGCAUGUCCUUGGCUCAGGAGCGUGCCAGCUGCCGGGCGGUGCAAUCGGAGCAGCAGACGCAGCAGCGGCAGCUGGAGGAGCUGCAAGAGAAGCUGUCGAAGCUCCGCGCGGAGCGGCCGCAGGCGCUGCUGGAGCUGGAGUUGCAGAAGCUCCGUGCUGAGGUCUCUGCUUGGCGGCCGCCCUCCGCACGCAGUAGGCCGGCGGGAUCCCUUACGGAGGCGAGCGUCAUAUCCGAGACGCAAACAGAGGCCUCGCAUGCGCCUAGGAUCGCGCUGCAUUUGGAUCUCAAGGACAGAUGCGGCGGUAUCCCCCGGGCCGAUCUGGGCUUUCAGGUUCUCGGCUCUGCGAGAUCCGGAAAUCUGUCCCCGGUUAUCGACAUCCUCUCGCGCGAGCAGAGAUCACGCCCGGAGUCCGAAGUUUGCGGCACGGCGCCAGGUGCGCCAGUCUCGGCGGGAUCGGGGCGCGUCUCCUUCGAGGCUGAUGGCCUGGAGAACUCGCCCUCGGUCCAAGAUUUGCACGGCGAGGACUUCCUGGUGGCAGUGACUGACACAGAGCCAACCUUCCCUGAGCUCUGCGGCAGUAAGGAGAAGCCUGCUGGGCGGCUGCUGCGCCCGCCACUUCCGCGAAGCCGUACCGAGCCCGCUUCCAUGCUGUUGACGAGCUCCAGUUCCUGUGCUGGUGCAUCCUUCGAGGUGCGAGCAACCCCACCCUUGCUGCCGCGACCCAGAGGCUGGUCAGGCACGCUGCUGGAGCGCGAGGACUCCAUCGCCAAGCUCACGGACUGCCCAGGAAGCACCACCAGCAACGACCAAGCAGUUCUGCAUCAGGCCAUGAGCCGCAUCGAGCAAGUGGCCCAGAUGCUCGAGGCACGCAGCCGCGAGCCAGGUGCCUCCCCGGAGCGCGUCCUGGGCCGCGGCGACGACGCCUCGGAGAGCAGCUUGAUCGCUGCGGAGAGCACCGCAUUGAUGGUCAGCAGCGAGCUGCAAGCAGCGCUGAGCGGCGCCUUGGGGCAGCAGAGCCCACAUCCAGGUUGCACCUCCUUGACUUGACGUCAGGUGACAUCCGUUAAUGCUUCUGCGGAGGAGCCAACCACUCCUAUUUGGCGCGUCUGGUCUCUUUCUGCGAGCGACGCCAUUGUUUUUCGUUUUGGGCGAGGGCCCUUUUUUGAGCGAGCUUUUUCGAAGCCUCGGGCCAUUGCCGGCUGUACAGACACGUUUGGCAAGCCCAGUGGAUCCAUUUGUCAGAAAGGUUCAUCGACCCUUCGAGGACUUUCAUGACUGCAGACAUCUCGCGAUGCAGCAUGGUUGCUCACAAAUUUUGAACAGCACUUGAUGCCCCCUUCACACUCCCCUUUGGGGACCCCCGCCAACAGACCAG